GGAACGAAAUUUUUUAUAUUCGUGUUUCCCGCACUCCACGAAAUGUGGCCACAGUUUUGUGAAAAUUCCAUAUUUUUUCAAUGAAAUAGUUUCCAGAGGAACACCAGAAGUCAUGGAUACCCCUUUUCCCCGUAACAUGGGGAGUCGUACCACACAUGCACUGUCUCUUCAGAAUCACCUACAUGAUCAGAUGUUAUCAAACUCAGAAUUGUGUGAUGUUGUUCUUGUUGUUGAGCAAGUGGAAAUCCGUGCCCAUUGGAAUGUGUUAGUGCUGUGUCCCUACUUCCAAUCUCUCUAUGACAGUGGCUUGAAAGAAAAAACCUCAGGCAAGAUUCACCUUCAGAUUGGCAAAGUCCCUGCAGUAAGGACGGCGAUUUCUUUCCUUUACAUGGGGACAGCUGAGAUAUCUUAUGAGACAGUCAAGGACAUUCUGGAAGUGGCCGACUAUUUCCAGAUUGCAGACUUGAAAGCAUGCUGUCAAAGUUAUUUAGAGAGUGUUAGUAUGACUGCUGAGAACUGCGUCCAAAUGUGCUUACUGUGCAGCCUGUAUAACUUAGAAUAUUACAACAAAGUAUUUGAAUUCUUAAGAGGACAUUUGCCAGAGAUAAUGCAACAGGAGGAUGCCUUGACCUUGACCUCAGAAUCAGUGAUGUCACUGCUUACUGAUAAGACUUUGUCUUACGUAGAACAAAUGCAAUUCUUUGAGUUCAUUCUGAAGUGGGUGGAAUUUGAUCAAGAGAAUAGAGAGGAGUUCUUCUCUGGUUUGUUUUGUUCUCUUGACUUGAAGAAGAUUCCAAAGACUGUUCUAGAGAAGAAGAUUGAAACUUACCCUCUGGUAGCAAAGAAUGAAAAAUGUCAGGUUCAUGUCUUGAACACUAAAAUGAAGUACAUAACAGGACUCAUCAAAGAAGAUGAUGGAGUAAGGGAGGCAAUUCUGGUGGCAGGAGGCUGCGGUCAGAUCAUGUUUGAGAACAUCUUCCAUCUGUUUCCGUUCAGGGAGUCCAUGGCUGUUAAUACACUGCUAGGAUACAUUUUGGCAGAGGACAGGUGGAUUGAAUUAGCACCUCUCCCUUACCAGAUGAAACAAGCCACAAUAACAUACUGUUCAAAGAGUAAGUGCUUGUAUGUUUUUGAUAAUGGACACCAAACAUUUUCCACCAAAGUCUCUGUUUACAAGUUUGAUUUGGCGGAAAACAAGUGGACAAGUUUUCUGUUAGAAGUUCCAGAAAACUAUGGGAAUAACACGCUUCACACCAUUCUAGCAUGUGCAGGAAAAUUGUAUGCCAUAAUUUCCAGUCAUGUCAUCCAGUUCGGUCCACAACUGGUGCACCAGUGGAGCACCUUUGUUAUGGAAGUGAAAGAAGAUGACUCAAAAUGUGAAGUCAAGCAGACUCUGUUCCAACGAAAUGAAAACUCCCAUUUGGCGGCAUGUGUUAUGCAGGAUAGGAAGAUUUGUGUGUUGGCCAACAAAGUGGGAGCCAAUCCCAAAAGAAGAGGAAAGAGUGCCAAAUUUUAUGUAUAUGACACUGCUGUAAAUAGAAAGUAUGAUCAAUCCAAAGGUGCUUAUUGGGACAAUUUACUGAUUCCUGUUGGAGACGAGCUUGUUGUGACCAGAAUGGGGAAGUGUUCAUACACAAAAUACUCAAUGACAGCACGGAAAUGGAAGCAUAUCAAAGAGGAGUUCUUGCCUUUCCCAACGAACCCCUUUGAAUGCAUAGAAUACAGCACAAUUUCUGAUGGUAGCAACUUUUAUGUCAUUGGUGGUAAAGGCUUCAAGGCCCCAGAGACCAUAUCCACAACAUUCUGUUUCAAUUAUGCCGAGAAGAAAUGGAAGAAUUUGCAGGAACUUCCCCAACCUCUGCGACAGAGUGCCACCUGUCUGAUCCAGUUACCUAGCAACCUCACCAAAUGCCACUUCAAUUGUCCCCACUGCAAAUUCUUCUCAUGUCGCAGCAGGGCCACCUAUGACAUCCACUAUCCAAUAGAUGAUGAAGACGAGGAAGAUGAAGAUGACUUUGAUGAUGGCAGUGGAUACACCUAUGAAGAUGAUUACGCCUCUGGACUAUGGAGUGAUGAUGCACCAGACUACCUGGAAGAUGAAGAUUAUGAUGUUUGGCUGUGGUGAAUCUAUUGCCUUCAUGUUGUUACACAUUACAGUCAGUGCCAAUAUUUUGAGAAAACUCAAAUCUCUCACAUAAGUUUAAUGUCAAUCAUUUUCUGAUUUAUGUAAAAAGUUGUACAGCAUUUAUAAAUGUUUAUAAGUAGUUCUAAAAUUGCUAUUAUCUUAGUGGUUUUCAGAAUUUGUUCAGUUUGUUUUAUAACCUUUGAAAUAGGAGAAACUAUAGUAAGAUAAAGAAUAUUUGUUUGUAGUUUUGAUUUUGAUUAAUGCAGAUGAGCAUAUUUUGUUACAAGUACAUGUAAGUAAUUAUACAAACUAUUUUUGGUCUACUUUUAAAUACUCAUUAAAAAUAAACAUGGAAAAAUUUAUCUAGAAUAUUGUACUGUAAAAUAGUAUCAAUGUUUCUUUAAUGCAUAGAUUUUAAAAGAAACAAAGUAGCAUUUAUUUUCAGAUUGUUGGUGGUACAUGUAAGUUGUGUAAAAAAUAAAAAUGAUUUAAACAUUGUUUAAAAAAAACUAAUGUCACAUCAUUUGUUGUUUAAAGAAAGCUAUAAGAUGGACAAUUUUGCAUUCCUUUCAUGGAAAUACAUGUAUAUAGAUUGAACUGAUUCUAAGGAGAAGCAUGAUAAUAUGUACAUGUAAUUUGUAUUCCUACUGUGGUUAUUUUAUGUUUGUCAUUUUUAGGGAAUUAUCAUUAAUACAAAGCAAAAUACAUGCAAGUACCAAAAGAGAGUGUAGAAAUAAGUUUGACCACAAUUACAUUUUAUACCUUUAAACAUUUAAUAUCCUAGUCAAUUUUCACAUUAAUAAAAUGCAUUGAAAUUAUUCAUUUGGUAAUUAAAAUGUUUUCAGUUUUUGAAAAAGAAGAAAAGUACAUUUUCCAUUCUUUUUAGCUCACCUGAGCCGAAGGCUCAAGUGAGCUUUUCUGAUCAAGUUUUGUCCGUCGUCCGUCCGUCUGUCCGUCCGUCCAUCCGUCUGUCUAGCUGUCCGUCUGUCCGUCCGUCUGUAAACUUUUCACAUUUUCGACUUCUUCUCAAGAACCACUGGGCCAAUUUUGACCAAACUUGGUACAAAGCAUCCUUGGGUAAAGGGAAAUUUAAAUUGUUAAAAUGAAGGGACAUAUCCCCUCGCAAGGGGAGAUAAUCAAGAAAAGACAAAAAUAGGGUGGGGUCAUUAAAAAAUCUUCUUCUCAAGAACCACUGGGCCAGUAAAGCUGAAACUUAUUUGGAAGCAUCCUGGGGUAGUGUAGAUUCUAAAUUGUUCAAAUCAAGACCCCCAGGGGAAGGGCGGGGCCACAAUGCGGAAUCAAAGUUUUAUAUAGAAAUAUAUAGGAAAAAUCUUUGAAAAUCUUCUUCUCAAGAACCACUGGGCCAGAAAAGCUGAAACUUAUAUGGAAGCAUCCUGGUAUAGUGUAGAUUCUAAAUUGUUCAAAUCAUGACCCCCGGGGGAAGGGCGGGGCCACAAUGGGGAAUCAAAGUUUUAUAUAGAAAUAUAUAGGAAAAAUCUUUGAAAAUCUUCUUCUCAAGAACCACUGGGCCAGAAAAGCUGAAACUUAUGUGGAAGCAUCCUGGUAUAAUGUAGAUUCUAAAUUGUUCAAAUAAUGACCCCCGGGGGAAGGGUGGGGCCACAAUGGGGAAUCAAAGUUUUAUAUAGAAAUAUAUAGGAAAAAUCUUUGAAAAUCUUCUUCUCAAGAACCACUGGGCCAGAAAAGCUGAAACUUAUGUGGAAGCAUCCUGGGGUAGUGUAGAUUCUAAAUUGCUCAAAUCAUGACCCCCAGGGGAAGGGCGGGGCCACAAUGGGGUAUCAAAUUUUUACAUAGAAAUAUAUAGGAAAAAUCUUUGAAAAUCUUCUUCUCAAGAACCACUGGGCCAGAAAAACUGAAACUUAUGUGGAAGCAUCCUGGUAUAAUGUAGAUUCUAAAUUGUUCAAAUAAUGACACCCGGGGGAAUGGGGAAUCAAAGUUUUAUCUAGAAAUAUAUAGGAAAAAUCUUUGAAAAUUUUCUUCUCAAGAACCACUGGGCCAGAAAAAGUGAAGCUUAUGUGGAAGCAUUCUGGGGUAGUGUAAAUUCUAAAAUGUAGGAAUCAUGACCCCCGGGGGAAGGGCGGGGCCAUUAUAGGGAAUCAAAGUUGAACAUAGAAAUAUAUAGGAAAAAUCUUUGAAAAUCUUCUUCUCAGGAACCACUGGGCCAAAAAAGCUGAAACAUAUGUGCCCAUGGAAGGAUCAUGGGGUAGUGUAGAUUUCAAAAUGUCUAAAUUAUGAUCAGUGGGGUAGGGUGGGGAUGCAUUAUGUAUAACAAGGGUGAAAUCUGGUAAAGAACAGAAUGGUCAAAGCUUCUCAUGUGAGCAAUGUGGCCCAUGGGCCUCUUGUUUAAUUUGCUUGACAGCAUUUUAGUCUUGUUUUUAUCUGAUGAGAACUUUCAAUGUUUCCAUUUAGUAAUUUUAAGACAGUAAGGCUGCCAUGAGGAAUUUGUAAUUUUCUUGUGUAAAAUAUAUAAUAGUUAACAGUCCCAGUUGUCUUUUCGUUUUUUAAACAUUUUUCUGUUGAAGAUGUUGAUGCUUACCUGUACAUGUAUAAGGUUUAAUGCUCUCUUUUUAAAAAUUCAGCGAACUUUUUUCUUUUUUAAUUGUUCAAUUUUUUUCACUUCCUUUUGUUGUGUAGUUAGAUUAGU